CAACCAUCCAUAAAUUCGUUUUAGCCCAAUAUGUACUGUACAUGAGGUAACUAUUUUGGUUACAGAAGGCACUAUUAUAAAUGAUACAUUAUGGAAACGGAUAUCGAGCCAGACAAGCCUUACUUCUUUGGCGAUAUAGAAUUUUUACUGUUUUAUGUUGAGGAAUGUUUAUACAACCUUGAGCAAACUUGUGUAGGCUGCUGGGCGGAGAGGACCCCGCUGCAUGAGGCCGCCUCCCUGGGCCAGGCCCUCAGGCUGCAGCAGCUCAUCCGCAGCGGAGCGUCCGUCAACAUCGUGGCUGUGGACUCCAUCACCCCCUUACAUGAGGCCUGCAUACAAGGACAGACCCAGUGCGUCAGGCUGCUGCUGGAGGCUGGGGCACAGGUGGACGCGCGGAACGUGGACGGGAGCACGCCGCUGUGUGAGGCCUGUUCGGCGGGGAGCCUGGAGUGCGUGCGGCUGCUCCUGGAGCACGGCGCCACGGUCAACCCCGCCCUCACCUCCCGCACCACCUCCCCCCUCCACGAGGCCUGCAUGGGGGGGAACUCGGACUGCGCGCAGCUCAUCGUGGCCGAAGGAGCCCAGCUGGAGGCGUACGACCUGUACUACGGCACGCCGCUGCACGUGGCCUGCUCCAACGCCCGCGUCGCCUGCGCCAAGGUGCUGCUGAACGCAGGUGCGAAGGUCAACGCGGCCAGGCUGCACGAGACCGCGCUGCACCACGCCGCGAAGGCCAGGAGCGCGGAUCUGAUCGAGAUGCUGGUGCAGUUCGGGGGCAACGUGUACGCCCGGGACAAACACGACAAAAAGCCCAUCGACUACACCAAGCUGGGCUCGCCCCCGGCCCUCUGCCUGCAGUUCUACGAGCGAACCCCCAUGAGCCUUCAGCAGCUCUGCAGGGUGUCCCUGAGGACGGCGCUGGGCACGAGGGCGCUGGACGUGGUCUCUAAACUGGACCUGCCGAAGCCCAUCGUCAGCUACCUCCGCUACUGCUGACCUCAGAGCUACCCACUGCCAUCCGCGGCGCGGUUCCAAACCAGCCCCUCCUGCCCCGAGCAUCAGCACAAACAGGCUGGGGUGGGGGGGACCCACACGCGAUACUCCCUCUCAGUCAGUGUUAUCUUUGCUUCAUGACGCACACAGAAAACAGCGAGAGUCACCAGAAACAUCCUCAUUCUCAUUUUUUGGUGAAUCGCCUUCUCAUGCAUAUGUGUGUAUAUAUCCAUCCAGGGUAGCUGAACAUCCAGACAGAAUGACUGACAGCUGUGAGGCUAAAAUAGCUGUGCUGCAGAUGAAACGGAGAGGAGGACUUCAGCUGAGGGGACGUAUCCCAUAAGGCAGCAUUUGCCAAGUCUCAUUUUUAAGAAUGCUCGCAAAACAAGUUGGACAGGGAAAACACAGUAAGGCACCAGCAAAUCAGUUUCCAUGACAACAAGGGACUGGCACUUCCAAGUUCCAUUUCCAGACGGCUAGGAAUUGUGGCUCAUCUUCCAUAUUCUGCUCGCCAGAUAUUCAUACAGGCUUUGAUGACAUGCAACAGGAAUGGAAAAGGGGUUGUUAAAAAAUAGUCUUAAAUAUCACGUAGGAGUAAAUAGACAAUUUUCCGUUGCUUUUAAGUUCGCUUGUAAAUUCUCUGCAGUUUUGUAGCGCCCACUGAAGCCUCCAUAAUGUGAAAUCCACCUGUGGUCAGGUAACUUGAUCUGCACGGACAAUUCAUUUGUCAGACAGAUUUGGGAAACUGCCAACUAUUUUUUAAUCUUACUUUAGACAGGUUUUUUUUCAUAGGUGGAACUAAGGCACAA